AAACUACAUCUACAAGAGCUAAAAGACCUAAAUCUACUGUCGGCGCAAAGAGCAGACCUCCGAAUGCAUCGGCUGCUGCAAAAGACCAAGCCAGGGCUACCAAUGCAGGUCCUCCAUCUCCAGAAUCGACAGGAUCCACCACCACUUAA